UUCACUUUUUCUCUCCGUUCGUCGCAUCACUACACCUACCUACCUUCGACCUUCCCCCCACUCCUUUCCACCUCGCUCCAUCCGACGUCUACUUCAGCGUAUCGACGGUCUCAGUGGUGGAUCACGUGUGGAAAGUGCGCCGAGGUCCUGGUUUCAGCCGAAUCACGCUUGGGCUGAGAGCAAGCGAACAGGAAGACAAGGAGGAUAAGAAAAAGCAAGGGAAAAUUAUAGAGAGAGAGAAAAAAGGCUGCCCGUAUUCGAGGAACCACAUCGUUCAUCGACGGCAUCCACGACACAGCAGUGGUACGACAUGACAUCGUCUGUCGGCGGUCCUGAGGGAGGUCCUUCGUCUGCUGGCCCAUCCUCGCCCUUUCAUCAGCUGCCGCCAUCCCAUCCACAGCAGCAACCGCAACAACAGCAGCAGGGCUCCUCGCACGGCAGCAGCGCGACGGCCGCUGCAUCGUCGUCGUCUUCUACCAACGCAGCGUCCAACGAGACUUUCAACAUGGGCUCGUUUGACUUCGGAUCCGAUUUUAGUCUGCCCACAAGCUUGGAUGAGCUGUCCAUCUUUGGCGCCGUUCCUUCCAACAACAGUCAACAGACGAGCCACCCGGCAUCAUCGACGGCGAGCGGAGCGACCGUUUCCAACCAGGCCAGUCCAAGGCAGCCCUUUUCCCCUCGGAUGACAAAAGGGUCUCCGCAUCGGAUGCAGUCGACGGGCAGUCGAAAUGGAAGCCCACAUCCACUCUCAAUGCAGCACGGUGCUGAAAGCGACGCGACUACGACGCGAGGCAGCGGCUCCGCCCUGAGCGAUGAGGACUUACAGGGUCUUCUUGCCGCCAUGCAACAGCAGCAGCAACAACAAUUACAACAUAGAGAGCAGCCGCAGCAACCGCAGCUCUUUCAACACCAGCCGGCACAUCAGCGACAACAAGCGACUCAGAUGCUCAAUGUACACGCGGGCACUCAGCUGUCCGUAAGCGACCUCGAGAAGCUCCUCGUCGAAAAGGAACAGGCCGAGAGAGUCCAGCAGCUCCAGACGCUCCUUCUUCGCCAGCAGCUCGAGGCUCUGUCGCGGCAGCAGAGCUCUGGCUCCGAUCAUCCACCCAAUCUGUCGUCUGUCAACCUGGCUGCGCUGCUUCAGCAACAGCAGAACCUCCUCCGCAACACGAGUCAGCAGAGCCCGACGGCGCCUUCAUUCGGCUCCUUUGGCGGUGGAAGCGCGGCUGGUAGCCUCGAUGCCUCAACGUCUCAGGCCUUCUCGUCCCAGGCGUCUCAAAAGGGGAUGCAUGCCAUGUCACAGUACGGUCUCAUCACCCCACUCAGCUCUGGCGCCUUUAAUUCUCGUGAUACGGCCGCCCACAGCCAGCAGCAGCAGCAACAACCCUUUAUGUCACCCCUCAAGAUUCCUGCCGGCUCGCAGCCCAGCGUGGUGGACGCCGGCCGUGUCUAUGACGCAAGUAUGGUCAAUGGCGCAUUUACGCCCCUAGAAUCGCCAGCUAUCACGCCUGCCAGCGUGUUCUCAAAUGCGAGCAACGCCACAACGACAGCCGAUCUGUUUUCGCCAUUAACAUCACCUGCCCUCCGGCCCCAGUACUACGGCUCUUCGCACGAUGCAGUCAUGGCCUCGCCCCUUCAGGGCCCGGUCCAGCCUGGCGGCGCAAAGGGUGGCCGUCUCAGCGGUCGGGCAAGGACAAAGGCGCCGGGGAUGAGCCCUCACUUUGGUCCGCAGAGCAAGAAUGCGACGCCAAACGCUUCGCCUGCCCUCGGACCUACGAAGCCUGCAUCCGUGCCUCGCAAGAACCGAAGCACUACUGCAGAGGCCAGAGCAAAUCGCGCACGGCCGUCACCGCUCGUCAAGCCGAGCCAACCACCGGCGUCUGUGGCUAAAUCGAGGCAUCGGGGACAAUCUGGCUCCAGCUCCGCUGGCCUGCCCAGUCCUGCAUUCGCAAGCUCAGCUAACACAGGAUCGAGGCGCAACUCUGGCUCGCAACAGCCCCCCACUGAAGGGGACGCGUCCAACGGCGGAGCCUCUCAUUCUCGCACGGCCUCCAACCAGACACAAGUCAACACGUUCACCUCCAUCCUUGGGAGUGCCUCCAAGCCGAUGGAUGCCUCGCCUAGCGAAGGGGCUGCGUCCACGCCGUCCCCCAUCGAUUUGUCCAAUUCUCAAAUGCCACCCCCCUCGAGCAAACCAAUGACGCCGAGCAGUAUCAUGGGAAUCCAGCAGCAGUCCCAAGGUCGGGCGUCGUCGAAGUCGAGCAGCGGGAGCAGCAAUGGCAGAUCGAACACCUCAUCGACGGCCAAGGGCGGCAAGGGUAGCAAGCCCUCUGCUUCCUCGGAGAAGAGUGUCUCCUUUGCUCAGGACGGUCACAAGAGAGUAUCGAGUGCGAACGGCGAGAAGACGAGCAGCACCAGCCCAGGCGCCCUGGCUAGCAUCCUCCCCGGGGGCAUUUCGCCCUCUGAUCGAGAGUCGUGGAUGAACAUCAAGUCUUCGGGCGGCGGGUUGGAAUCGAGAAGGACCUCGCACAAGGCUGCCGAACAAAAGAGGCGAGACUCGCUCAAAUUCUGCUUUGACGAACUUCGGACAAUGCUACCUGCCAUCACACUGGACGAUGAGGCACCCGGGGGAUCGAGCCUUGGUCCCGACGGGAGAAUAGAAGAUGAGGAGCAGGAAGUGUUUGACAUCGAGCAGGUGGGCGAUGCCGAAAGCGCUCGAAUUGCAAAUCGUGCCAUCAGCAAGGUGGCUCUGCUACGACACUCCAAUGAGUACCUUAUCCGCCUCAAGAGCCGCCUAGAGCGGAGAGACGAGGCCUUGGACGCGUGCCGCAGAGAGAUUGCCGAGCUGAGAAGGCGCUUGGGCCUCCCGCAGCUCGAAGAAGGCUUCAUGUGCGUUAUGGAAGAUCAGACGUUUCCGCAGCAGAGGCCAUAUGGAGAGGAAGACUACAAUGAUAACGAAGGGAACGUCGACGGCAAUGGGCUGCAGCAGUCACAACAGCAGCAUAACACGGCCAGAGGCCACAAUAUAGAGUCGACAGCUGCCCCAAUGACGCACGAUGACGACAAGAUGAUGGCUGGCUUUGUACACGCGCAACACCACGCUCAACAACAUCAUCAGCCGAUGGAUGCCGCCGCUUUUAGCUAUGCGACAUCGGGGACUUCGCUUGCUCACAACAACAACAUGGACAUGUCUUGAUGCCCAUUACUUGGCCUCUGUUGGAUCCCAUUCUCUAGUAAUUUGCUAGGAUUAUCCUCUGUCGCUCCGUUUACGUUGUUAAAAUCAUCCAGGAGGAUUACCCGACACCUCUUCUUUGCUCACAGUUGGCCCACUUGUAGUUGUUCACCGUUGUCCUUCUUCUUUGCACACAAUGUUGAACAGUAUCAAAUUCU